AUGGUUCACACCCGUUCUACUAAUCAAGGAGCUUUGUUUUUUGAUUCAGAGAUCGAAAGGACGCUCUAUCGGUUGGGAAAGGAAAUUCGGGAUCACUUCCGUGAGUUGCCUUAUUAUAUUGGUACUGAGGAAGAAGAGAUGCCGCCUAGAGCUGAUCCGACAUUGAGGGAGCUUUCUACUCCUAAUCUGGACCAGGCACCAUUAGCCAUUCAAUAUCCAGAGUUUGGGGAGAAUGUUACUUUUGAGCUGAAUUCAGGUCUUGUUCAUUUACUGCCAAGCUUCCAUGGUUUAAAUGGGGAAGAUCCAAUCAAGCAUCUUGCGGAAUUCCAUGAUGUUUGUACUAGUAUGCAGCCACGAGGUGUUACGGAGGAUCAAAUCAAACUGCGGGCCUUUCCUUUUUCAUUGAAGGAUAAGGCUAAUGAUUGGUUCUAUCAUCUAAGCCCCAACAGUAUCAACACAUGGAGAGGGAUGAAGCAAGCUUUCUUGGAGAAGUUAUUUCCUUCAAGCAAGUUAAAUGAGCUUAAGAAGGCCAUUAGCAACAUUGAGCAAGGAUAUGAUGAGAUCCUUUAUGACUACUUAGAGAGGUUUAAGAGGCUCGUUGCUUGUUGUCCCUACCAUGGUUUUGCCGAGAAGGAUCUUGUGCUGUACUUAGUUGCUGGGCUCCUUCUAGAUGAGAGAAGGAUGGUGAAUGCUGCUUGUGGGGGUAACAUUGAUAACAAGACCCCACAACAAGCCAUGGAGCUCAUAAGUGAGUUUGCUGAAAGUUCCCGCACUUAUUCUAAGAGAAAUACCACUCGGGGAGUUAAAGCGACAAGUUCUACAUCAUCUUUGGAGUCGGAGGUGUCCGCCCUUAAGGGAAUGUUCCGGCAAUUUUUGGUGGGUGGUAAUCAACAACAAGUGAAGGCUUGUGGUAUUUGUUCCAACAACGGUCAUCCGACUGAUUCUUGCUCGACUUUGCAAGAGGAAACCCGAGAGGUGAAUGAAGUAGGAUAUCAAGGACAAAGGAAGUAUGAUCCAUUCUCAAACUCUUACAAUCCCGGAUGGAGAGAUCAUCCGGCCUUUAGUUACAAGCAAGGGAAUCCAACUCUUCAAGGAAAUCAGAAUUUUCAACAAGGUAAUCACCCUCCUCCUCACAUGCCACCAUAUCAAGCUCAAGGGAAGUCCUCUAGCUCCAACUCAAUGUCCACCGAGGAUAUGAUCAAGGCCUUGGCUCAAAAUUUGACUACUAUGCAGUCCAACAUGGUGCAAUUUCAACAGGAGACAAGGUCUAGCAUUCACAAUUUGGAAACACAAGUGGGCCAAAUGUCUAGUGUCGUGAAUAAACUUGAGGCCCAAAGUUCGGGGAAGCUACCAUCUCAAACCGAGGUGAAUCCCAAGAGGAAUGUGAGUGCCAUGACUUUGAGGAAUGGCAAAGAGUUGGUUGAUCAAGAGCCCGACAAAAGCAAAGUUGUGGAGGAGAUUGUAACCAAGGAAGAGGAGGUGGAGGUUCUAGUCCCAUCAAAAGAAGCUGAAAAAUUGGUGAGUCCUAGCUCUCACCAAGAGGUAAAAUCUUUUCCGGAUUUCAAACUGGUUCCCCCAUUCCCCGAAGCAUUAAAGGACAAUCGUAAGCUUGAAUCUUCUAAGGAUAUUUAUGAAACAUUUAGUCAAUGUGUCGUAAAUAUUCCUUUGUUAAAAUUGAUAAAAGAUGUGCCUUUGUAUGCUAAGUGGUUGAAAGAAAUUUGUUCCAUCAAAAAGAAGAAAAAUUCAAAAGGGAAGCAAAAGGUGAAGGUUAGUGAACAUGUUUCCGCCGUUUUUCAAAAGAGAAUACCUAAAAAAUGCAAUGAUCCGGGCAUGUUCACUAUACCUAUAACCCUCGGUGACACAAAGAUUGAUAGGGCUAUGCUAGAUUUGGGGGCCUCCAUUAAUGUGCUUCCUUCUUCCUUAUAUGAGUCCAUAGAACUUGGUGAAUUGCUUCCUACUCAUGUUGUCAUAUAA